AUGGGCUCCGCAGCGAAGGAGUCUGCCAUGGACGAGAUCCAGUGGAGGAACCCAGCCUUCAUCAUGCAAUUUGGUCCAUUGCACACAAAUACAGUGUUGCACUACUUCGCUACGUCGCCGUUCUUCGACCCAACGUCCAACAAUAACGUCAUCCAGAACCAAGCCCAGUACAAUGCGAAUCUCUUCCAUGUGAUCGCCACCCGUGAGGCCUUCGAGACGCGCCUGAAGAGUAUGCAAGGCCUCGAAUACAUCGUUGCUGAACAACCGGCGGAGACUGGUCCGGGCCAGGGAACAGGUGUCUGGGUGAUCCGCAAGCAGAACAGACGGAAGAGGCCAGGCCAGGAGGACGAGUUGACGGUGCAUAAGGACUAUUUCUUGGUGGGGGAAAACCUCUAUGCCGCGCCUACAUUUGCGGAUCUUAUGAGCUCAAGAAUGGCCACUAUUUCAACCGCUGUGGGAAAAAUCCUUGAGAGCGCAAACAGUAUACAGAAGUGGACACCUGCCAAGGGUCACGUCUAUGCCAAUCCUCAAAUACCACGCGCUUCGACUUUGGAGCCAAAAGAAGCAACGCCUAUGCCCGAAGGCCCUGGCAGCAAGCAAGGUCAGCCGCCCACGAAGACCUCGACAAAGGAAGAGGAGCUCGCGCGCUUGGCUGAGGAAUCCUUCCGCAUCCACAUGAAGUACGGCGGCGACUACAUGGAUGAGAUACCUAUCACCGGAGCCCCAGGCAACUUCCAUUUUGCAUCCACCGGGCGCAACGACAAGCUGGCCGUGCCAAAUACCCAACCUGUGACCCUGAAGCCACCUACGCUGGCUCCCUUGAACACAAAGGCCGUUGAGGUAUUGUCUGCGAAGGACGCCAAGAAGACGAAGAGCCCGAGGCCCGGAGCGAGCGGGAAGUCAAAGGACAGGAGGAAAAGCAAGGGAGGCUCAGGCGUGGCCACCGGCACGACUACGCCAUCAUGA